CUUGCUCAAACAACAUGACGCAGCCUGAGUCUGAGGAUCAUUCAACAAACAAAAGCUCUGAUAAGCCCACUGUACACUACCUGCUCAGCACCAAACAGCAGACAGUUAGUAGUGAGGAUCCUGUUGCCAACACUGCUGCUCCCCCAACAGAACUUAAGACAGUGACACCUGAGCAACCGGACCCCUCCAGGAUAGAGGUGAUUUCGGUAACGGAGGAAGACCUGCCCACUGUCGAGACCCCCAACACACUCAAUGUCAGCCCCCUGGGCAGCUUUGCUGCUGACCCCCAAUCAGAGAACGAUUCUGCCAAACCUGAAGCACCCCAACCUCCAACUGCACCCAGCCCGACCAUGCCAAUCACCAAGGUGCAGCCAUUUAUCCACGAGGAUGACUGGGAGAAAAGCUGGAAGAACAGACUGCUGGCCCACCGCUUCGAGCUGCUAAUCACUUCAUGCCUCAUCGUGGUGGUCGCUCUCGCUCUCGGUAUCGGCCUCGGAGUAGGUCUGAGCUGUGUGGGGAAGUUUCGUUGUGGCUCAUCAUCUCAAUGCAUCAGCACCUCAGCUCAGUGUGACGGAGAGGUGCACUGUGAUAAUGGAGAGGACGAGCUCGGCUGUGUGCGUCUGAGUGGGAGGAGCUCAGUCCUGCAGGUCCAGAGAGGUGGAGUAUGGAGGACAGUCUGCUCAGAGGGCUGGAACAACUGGCUGGGAGUCUCUGCCUGCAAACAGCUAGGAUACUCCAGGUAUGUGGAGUCGUUCUUCGUCUUUCUGACCUCCAUUGAGCAGGAGCUUCAGUACAACAUGGUGUCCAUCAACCUGAGCCAGUCACAGAUCAUUAAACUCCAGAACGCCACAACCUUCAGUAAGACUCAGUGCAGCUCAGGGAAGGUGACCGCUCUGAAAUGUCUGGAGUGCGGCUCCAGGCCUCAAUACAACACUCGUAUCGUCGGAGGUAACAUCUCCAAGCCGGGUCAGUUCCCAUGGCAGGUCAGCCUCCACUUUAGCAGUGAACACCUGUGCGGAGGCUCCAUCAUAACAUCAAGCUGGAUCCUCACUGCAGCACACUGUGUGUAUGGGUUUGCAGACCCCUCCAUGUGGGCGGUCCAUGUGGGGCUGACGGAGCAGCCGGUCCACGGGGCUCAGUCUCUAGCUGUGGAGAAGAUCAUAUACCACACUCGCUACAGGCCCAAAGGACUGGACUACGACAUUGCACUGUUGAAACUGGCCACGUCACUUGUUUUCAAUGGCUUUGUGGAGCCCAUCUGCCUGCCGAACUAUGGGCAGGAGUUUGGGGAGGGCACCAUGUGCUGGAUCUCUGGGUGGGGAGCAACUGAGGAUGAAGGAGAGACCAGUGUGGUUCUGCGCUCAGCCAUGGUGCCACUCCUCUCCACUAAGACCUGCAAUCAGCCAGAGGUUUACCAUGGCUUCAUCUCCUCCUGGAUGAUCUGUGCAGGAUACCUGGAGGGAGGAACCGACUCCUGUCAGGGGGACAGUGGAGGUCCUCUGGCCUGUGAGGACUCAUCUGUAUGGAAGCUGGUUGGAGCAACCAGUUGGGGAAUUGGCUGCGCUAUGAGGAACAAGCCGGGUGUUUACACUCGCAUUACACAGUCGCUUAGCUGGAUCCACCAACAGAUGGAGAGAGAAGAGGCUCACAAUUCUCCAACUAUGAGCACAGACAACUGAAUCACCUAGUUACCUCUCACAAGAUUCUGUUUGGAUGUUUCUGCAUUUGACACAAAAAAGAAAAAAAAAAGAAACUAUAGAGAGAAACUGUAUUAUGCCAGAAUGGCAGAGCCUUUCAGCCACACAAAUCCUGUUUGGGGGGCAAAGCUGACGGAGCAGAGAGAAGAGACGGUGCACAGCAGAGAGUUAGACAUCGUUUAUUCCAAAAUAGAAAGCUCUAAGGCAAAACAGACAAGAGAAAAGUGAACAACGCUUCAUAAAAAGCAAGACAGACGCAAGUGUGGAACCGAGAGCUCAGCGAGGACCCACCCAGAGUCACUAUACCCUCAGGCUGCAUGAAAUUAACCAUUUCAAGUUUCAACUUUACAAGAGGGCUAUAAACCAGAUUACUGCAACUACUGACAACUGUUGUACAGUACAAUAUUAGAGAUAUUCAAACAAGAGGCACCCCAAUUUGUGCAGUAAUAAACAUAUUGAUAAAGAGAUUUAAAAUCUUUCACUACAUGUGUAUGUAGUGGCAAGGGGACUAACAGAGGCUGCAGAGCUUAGUCUCAGUCCUUCAGGCAGACAAGGAGUACAACUUUCCAACUGCUCUUUGUUUUCAACGCAGUAGCAUGUACAUGUACAUAAAUAAAAGUUUAAUGCGUGCAAAAAGUUGUUGAUGGAGUUCAUAUCUCACUGUGGAUACUGCCCUUCCAGGGGUUUCCAACUCAGACCCUUGUGAUUGUGUGAUUAGCAUAGUGUUCUGGAUUGUGCAUUUGAGAAAGUGACGCCUACGCUACUACUGUAAAAUGAUGUCGUAAAAUGACGUAAAGUAUGGUAUACACAAUGAGGGUAAAACUGGAGCUGUAUUUAAAAAAUCUGAGCACUGCAGUCAAGUUACUGUGUAUGAUAACUCUUCAGAUAACUGGGAUGUUGCAGCACACAAAGUAAAAUUAUUACCGAUGCUUUACAGAACCACACAAGUGUUCUGCAGUUUAGUGUCUUUUUGACCGAUUUCACAGAGGGUCAGACUUUCUUUUUGUGCUUCUUGGCAAGAAUUUUUUAGAAAAGAACACAGGUAAGGCCUUGUUAGUAUUGUAAGUUUAAAACCAAUUUAAAUAGAAAUUUUCAUCAGCAUUCAAUUCCUUUUUCUGUUUUUUAGAAAACUUCAAGGAACCCUGGAAAACAGGGUCGCUAGCUUUAAUUAUGAAUCUGUACAUAAAUACUCCUUACAAAACAGGAGAACACAAAAAUGAAAACAAAAAACACUAAUUUUAUAUGUUUGUAUAUAAAAAUAAGCAUCUCUCCUCCCCCUCCCCCCCAUCUCUCCACUUGGGCUCUGCUUGGCCUGCACGGGCCUGUGUGAGAGCCGUGGAGUCAGUCCUAAGAGUGUGCACAUCUACUCAAAACACAAGCAUGCAAAAAGUGAAGACAAACCCUUACAGAUACAACUUCUAAGUGUUGGCAUCCAAAAAUGAGAACAGGGGCCAAGGGAAAAAAAAUAAAAAAUUAAAAUCAGUCAACAUUUAUUAACGGAGCAUACAAACUUGCUUCAGGUGUUUUUAACACUUCUUUUUUUCUUGUUUCUUUGAUUUAAUCUUUUUGAGCUUAAAUAUACAAAAAAGUGCACUCGCAUACAUCAACUAAAUUAU